GUUCGAUUUACUUGAUAACAAUUUCACUUUUUAUAUUCUAAAUUAAAUUAUAAUUAUUGGCAUUCGGCAUGUCGGUAACACCAGUACACCACCAUGGGAUCCGUCUGCAAAUAGCAAAUAAAUAUAUUUCAAAGUCCUUAAUUUUAAAAUACAAUAAUUUAAAUCAUUUCACAGUUCAAAUGUUAGACGGCAGUCCCCACUUUUCACACAUAUAAACGUGCACCCCGUUAAUGUGAAGAAUUGCAAGCUCUCAAAGACUCUGUCACCGGCGCAGGGAACAAGUGAAGAAUAGAAAAGAUGAUUCAGUUACUGUUUGCCCUAAUUUUCGCGGAGAUGGCGCUGAUUUUGGUGUUCGUGUUCAAGACGCCGUUGAGAAAGCUGGUUAUAAUGGGCCUGGACCGGGUCAAGCGCGGGCGGGGCCCGAUCAUCUUCAAGACGGUGGCGGGGACGGUCUUAGUGGUCAUGCUGGCCGCCGUUUAUAAGGUGGUGGCGAUCCAGAGGCGUUGGAUCCAUGAAGGUGAGGUCAACCCGACGGAGCAGAUUCUCCUCGCUAAGCAUCUUCUCGAAGCUUCUCUCAUGGAUUCUUUUGGAAAUAAGUAUUCGUUUUUAACGAAGUACAGAGAGCCUAUGGAUCUAAAUUUGGUGCUUUUAAGCGGCAUUUCUGAUUUAUUAUCGGCUUCCUCUGGAUCAGGAUUUUCGCUAUUCCUUGCGUUGAUUAUUGACAGGCUGCACCAUUACAUCCGAGAACUACGCAUAAGAAGGAAAACCAUGGAAGCUGUGAAGAAACAAAACCGGGCAUUCGAGGACAGCAAACCUCAACUUACUGCAGUAGUAAAAGCAUUGGAAGAGGAAUUAGCUAAAUCAGGUGAGAGGAUUAAGCAGCUUGAGACGGAGCUUCAAGAGAAGUCUAAAGAGGUAAACAGUGCAGAGACAAAUGCAAUCGCUCUAAAAAAGCAGUCGGAAGGGUUUCUUCUCGAGUACGACCGGCUGCUCGAGGAAAAUCAGAGCCUCCGCAGCCAGUUGCAAUCAUUAGACCGAAGAAUGUCGUUUUCCGAGAGCAAGAAAGUUAUGUAAGGAUCGUAAGUCUUCAGUCAUUAUUGGUUUUUCGGAUGUGUUAUAUUUAUACCAUCCAUUUGAAGGAUGUGUGACUCUGUCCAAAGAAAAGGAAAGUUUUGGAAGAAAAGAAGAUUAAACAAAGAAAAUCUGUGUUGUUGUGUGAUAAUAUUUUCUAUUUUGUCUAAGUACAGGUGCUAUGAUUUCAGCUUUAUCAGAACCAUGUGAAAAACAUAAUGGUGUCAACAGAUUGAAGUUGUUUGAAGUGGCACUGCCAGUCCUAAAGUGGAAACUUAAAAUACAAAAAACUUAUUAUUAGUGUAUAAUGUUUACUUUUGCUGUAAGCAAAAGAGACGUAAAUAUUAAUUACAGUUUCCACGUGUUCUCCUCUUCCUAAGAUAUC